GUGCACUACAAUGUUGGCAAAAACCUGGCUGACAAAGGAAAUCAAAGUGCUGCAAUCAAAUACUACAGAGAAGCUGUAAGGUUGAAUCCUAAAUAUGUACAUGCCAUGAACAACCUUGGAAAUAUUCUGAAAGAAAGAAAUGAGCUCCAAGAAGCAGAGGAGUUGCUGUCCUUAGCUGUACAAAUACAACCCGAUUUUGCUGCUGCAUGGAUGAAUCUAGGAAUAGUACAGAAUAGUUUAAGAAGGUUUGAAGAGGCAGAGCAAAGCUACUGGACAGCAAUUAAACACAGGAAAAAAUAUCCAGACUGUUAUUACAAUUUAGGGCGGUUGUAUGCAGAUUUGAAUCGCCAUAUAGAUGCAUUGAAUGCAUGGAGGAAUGCUACAGUUCUGAAGCCAGAGCAUAGUUUGGCUUGGAAUAAUAUGAUUAUAUUGCUUGAUAACACAGGCAAUCUAGCUCAAGCAGAAGCAGUUGGAAGAGAGGCCCUGGAAUUGAUACCUAAUGAUCAUUCCCUUAUGUUUUCAUUGGCAAAUGUACUGGGGAAAUCGCAAAAAUAUAAGGAAUCUGAAGCUUUGUUCCUCAAGGCAAUUAAAGCCAAUCCAAAUGCUGCCAGUUAUCAUGGUAAUUUGGCUGUGCUUUAUCAUCGCUGGGGAAAUCUUGACUUAGCAAAGAAGCACUAUGAAGUCUCUCUGAAGCUUGAUCCUAUGGCACCCGGGACCAGGGAAAACUACAACCUCUUAAGAAGAAAACUGGAGCAAUUGCAAAAGAAAGGCGGUGUCUGA